UGGCCAACGAAAUGGAUGAAUUUCGCCUGCAACAGUCGGAACCAACGGAAGAGACGAUCUGUUCCAAAUGCACCAACCAGCCGCUGAUUCUCAGGGCCGAACUGCUGCUAGCUGACCUCGCCAAAAGCUUCCUUGUCGUUUACUACCUCGGACACCAAGUAGCAGCUGCCGCCGUCAAAUCGUUAGCAACUUCAAGGCCAGAAUGCGUGGAGCACCUUUCGGUGGGCGUGUGCCUCCUGGCGAAGUCGCUGGCCACCUUGGACCCGGGCAGCAUCAACAUCAAAGGUCGCACCCUCCUGCUCUACCGAAACACUUGUCCAAACAUGCUGGUGCCGUCCCGAAAACUAACCCUGACGCGUCUCCUUCAGCUGGCUGCUUGCCAACGGGCCGAGGCGGCCAGCAGAGCCCUGGUGUCCGCUAUCCUGUCAUCCGCGCCAGCCGCAGUCAGGGUUCCAGACUCGGAGGAGGACGUCGUCGUCUCCAAGACAGUGCCUCAAGUCAUUUCUGCGGACGGCGUUGGCACAAGAAUCCUGCACGCCAGGUCGAGUAAUUUCAGCGAGCGUGUGAUUGGCAACUCAAGUUUCGAGGUGGCCCGCGAGCUGGUCCAAUACGCGUGUCCGCCGGUGACGCUGGAGCGCGAACCGUGUCCCCUGGCCAACCUGCUCAACGACUGCGUCGCCUCCGAACAACGUUUGCCGGCCGCAUUGCUGAUCGCCGCCAAAACGCACGCGCCGCACCUCGCCGGUCCCGCUGGCGAGACUUUGCUCAACCAAAAGGAUUCGAGGUCCAAGGUCAUGACCUACUACCGACAGCUUCUGUGGGGAGACGCUGCCACCUUGGCCGACCACGUGCUCCUCUGGUGGCUCAAACCUUUAGGGCAGCUUUGGUCCGCGAAAAGCCUUUUGAGCUGGCUGCGGAAGGAGGCGAGGGAAAUGCGUGCCGGAGAGCCACUCACCUGCUUGAACGCCUUGUGCGAGGCCCUGGCGACGCACCACUCCAUCGUGUCCUGGGACGCACUCUUCCGCAGGGCGACCGUUGCGCCGUCAGGACACACUUUUGCUUCCUUGCUGCACUCACUUGUACUGCAAGUGCAGCUAGCGGAAAUUGGUCCUGCAGUGGAGCAAAUACCAAUGUUGCAUCGGAUGGACCACUCGCUGCACACCUACCGUCUGUGGGUUUUGGCCGCUGGCCGAAGCCACAUCGGUAAUUGGCACGUCGACCGCUUUGUCGAAACGAGCCAGAUCGACGUGGCAGACGCCCUGAACAGCCUCGACCGACUCUCGAUAUCUGACGUCUACAAUGCUCCACCGUUAGAAAUGGUCCACGAAACCGUGUGUGCGAAGAUGAGGUGCAAACUCGUGUCUGAGGUCAUGGUCAACUUCGGGAAACUCCAGCGCACACCUGAAGAGUGUAUCGAAGUGAUGGCCGCCAACUGCCGCACAAUCAGCCUGGCCAACCUCCACAUGUGCUUCCCGUCUCGAAGGUACUGGCGUCAGGACGGCCCCCUUCCGCAGUUCGCAAGUGUUUACGUUGAACACUACCUUGACCGCAUGCUGAAACCAGUAUUGCUGGCGACCAACACGCUACCUACAGAUUCGCAGCAAAAAAUAUGCGGCAUGACCCUACGGAUCAUCUGUGAGGCGUGGCUGGACCAUAUUUACCAGCUGAAAGUCCAGUUUAGUGAACGAGGCGCGUUGCAACUUCUGGCCGACUUUGCGGCGGUCACCAUCUGGCUGCAGGAUAAGGCGAACCUGACGCCACCCGUCGAAAAGCAUCUGGUGCGCAGCGAGGUGCUGCGCAGGUGCGAGGGCGUCGGCAGGCUGCUGCUGCGCAAGCCUGGCGAGUCGCUCGACCUGGCCACCUCGAUCAAGCAGGUCGACCCCAACAAAUGCCCAUCCGUCGGCACGCCAGCCAAGGACCACAUGCCUGCCGAGAUGUACGUGCCCAACCAGGAGAAGUGGCUCGAACUCAGGGCCAAGAAGAGAGGCACCACUGGCAUCCUCUGCUGUAGAUGAGAUUUACUUGAAAAUGUCGCUUUAGCGAAAUGAGUCCAUAUCGUG